AGUGCGCACUCACCGGAUCCGCGUUGUUCCUGCGGUGACGCAGCAAAACCAAAAAAAACGCGCGGUUCUUUUCUCAGGUGUCACUCUCCCCCGGACAUGUUGUUCUACACGCAGCUGUUCACGUCCAAGCGCGGGCCGCUAGCUAAGAUCUGGUUAGCGGCGCACUGGGAGCGGAAGCUCACCAAGGCCCAUGUGUUCGAGUGCAACUUGGAAGACACGAUACAAGACAUAAUUUCUCCAAAGAUGAAAAUCGGUUUGCGCACGUCAGGGCACCUGCUCCUCGGUGUGGUGCGGAUCUACUCCAGGAAAACGAAGUACCUGUUUGCAGACUGCAGCAAUGCCCUGCUUCAGAUGAAAGUAGCGUUCAGACCAGGUCAGACAGAUUUGCCUGUUGAGGGGCUCGAGGCAACAGUGACGGCGAUCACCUUGAUCGAAGACUUCACUUCUUUCGAUGCCCAGCUGCCGCUUCUCAGUAACACAGAUGUCGUGGACCACUACUCACUGAACCAGUGUCGAACAGAGGAAAUCACUCUAAAAGAGGAUUCUGGAAAAGACACUCUGACCCUGGCAGACUUUGGAGGCGAGUCCAACAGCCACCAGAAUUCCCUGCUGGAUAUGAGCUUCCACAGCCUGGCACAGCAGGGAGACGCCUUUGGAGAUGAGGACAGACCGUACGACUUACUUGACUUUCUGACAAACUCCAGUGAUCACAUUGAAUCCACCAACUUCGUCUCAGACGAGCCUCAUCACGAAAGUCCAGAGAACUUCACACUCAAUUAUCAUCAAGAUGUUGACAGUAGAGAUCCAGUUGAGGGAGAGACCUCGACACUGAACGAGACCAGCCUGCUUAUUAACGAGGAGGCCUUUGCCCUGGAACCUGUGACAACCACUCCAAACUCGGAGAAGAAGAGGGGAAGGAGGAAACGCAAGCUGGUUGUGGACGAGAUCAAAGAGCUGAGCAACAGAUCUAUCAACGAGCAGCUUUGUGACUUCUCGGAUUUGAUCGCCCCGUUGGACAUGGCGCCGCCGACCGUGCAGCUCAUGCAGUGGAAGGAGAGCGGGGGGGCAGACAAACUUUUUGCACAGACAUGUUCCACUGUAGCGGCUCCACAGAUAAAGGAGCUCUUUGCUCAGAGUAUUUUCCUGCUGAAAUGUUUUGUGCAUGAGGAGGUGGAGGAGAUGCGUCAGGGCAGACAUGAAGUUCAGCAGAGCCUCAGCGCCCUCACCUCAAAAAACAUCUGUGUCAUGGAUUCAUCGGUCGACACUGAAAAUUUAAACAACACCGAACCGAUAGUUCUCUAUGAAGUGAACAACAACCUGCAUGAGGAAAACUCAUAUCACCCACAAGAUCAAAACACGUUGGAGUUCUUAUAUCCAGAACUUCCCUCAGAAGACUCCAUGUUUGUCCAUCUGUCUCCCAUGGAGCUGGAGACUGAGUCCACGGCGCUGCACACCCAGUCGAUGCUGGACAGCCAGGAUUUUGAGGAGAGGAGGAUAAACAGGCGAGCACACAAGCUUCUGAACAGCCUGAAAAGCAGCGGUGAAACCACAUUCAGCCUGGAGGCGCUCUGUGAAGGUGGCAAUCGCUCACAGGCAGCGACCACUUUCUUCUGCCUGCUGGUCCUGAAGAAGGAACAAGCCCUCCACCUGCAGCAGAGCGCCGCCUACCAGGACAUCCUCGCCACGCCAGGACCGAAGUUUUACGAUUUGUAAAAAACACAAAUAAGCAUCAGAGAAUUCCAGCUUUGGUUCAUGGUUACGUUGAAGACUUCGUUCUACUGGUUCUGACUCACGACAAAAGCAAAGGGUGGAGAAUGUUCUGAAAUAUUAAUAUGUUUGUGUGUCUUUAAGGUUGUACAUAGUAUCUGUGCUUGUUCUUGGCAACAGUUCCUUUGUGAUGAAAUGGGGCCGUUUAUUAAUGAAAGAACAUUUUGUCUGAAACAUUUUUGUCACCCUGUUUGUGUAACAUCUCCGACCUCUCACGCUACCUGACAGCUGGUUCGGGCUCCACAGCUUUUAAAUCUUUUUAAGUGAAGAUCUCAAAGAUCCUCCGAGUGGUAAUGGUCAUUUUAUUCCAGUAACCUCUGAGGUUAUGCAGCUGUUCCUAUACAGAUCUUUUAGUACAGCACUUUCCUGCCUGUUCAGUUUUUUUUCUUUAUUCCAGACUGUUGCUCCUCAAACAGUCAAACUUAAAAACGCAGAAGCUCAAGAUCCCGUUCGACCUGCUGUGCACCAGGUGUCAUUGGAGUUGACGUUUUGAAAAUAAGUAAAUGUUGAAAAUUAAUUCCUUUUUAAAGUGAAGGAUUUAUUGUUGGUUAACAGCCAAGAGUUAUUUAUUCUCCAACACGUCCUAUUCAAAAGUAUAUAUGUUUAAAAAGUAUUC